UUUCGGGAGACGCGAGCCGCGUCCUCAGGCGACUUGCAGCCACAGCGAGGACCCGGCCCUGCGCGUGAGAGGGGCGGCCGUCGCCCGCGCGGCCCUGGAGAGCCAGGGUCCUGAGGAACCCCGAGCUGUUGGCGCUGGGAGCCGGCAGGCAGCUCCGGGGGCAGCCCGCAUGCUCCAGGACCCUGGCGGCGGCGGCGCGGCGCGGCGGGAACCGGGAAGUUUCAAAGCGCAGUGGCGGAGCUGCCGCGGGCCGCCGCUCCGGCGACAUGAAGCUACACUGUGAGGCUGAGGUAGUGAGUCGGCAGCUGCCGGCUCUGGGAAUGAGGAACCGGGGUAAGGGCGUCCGGGCGGUGUUGAGCCUCUGUCAGCAGACGGCCCGAGGUCAGCCUCGGGCUCGGGGCGAGCGAAGCGGCGCGCACCUCACCUGCCUGUUUAUCUCCACCCUGAAGGACAAGCGCGGGACCCGCUAUGAGCUAAAGGAAAACAUUGAGCAAUUCUUCACCAAAUUUGUGGAUGAGGGGAAAGCUACUGUUCGGUUAAAGGAGCCUCCUGUGGAUAUCUGUCUAAGUAAGGCCAAUUCCAGCAGUUUAAAGAGUUUCCUUUCAGCUCUGAGACUGGCUCACAGAGGUUGUGAUAUUGAAGCACCGCUUUCAACCUUCGCACCAGUGAAGACUUCAGAAUUUGAAAAAUGUAAAACUAAAAUGGUUAUCACAUCCAAAAAGGACUAUCCUCUAAGCAGGAACUUCCCACCUUCUCUGGAACAUCUUCAGACUUCUUAUUGUGGGCUUAUUCGAAUUGAUACACGUAUGCUUUCCUUAAGAAACCUUAGGAAAUUAGACUUGAGUCACAACCAUAUAAAAAAGCUUCCAGCUACAAUUGGAGACCUCAUCCAUCUUCAAGAACUUAACCUGAAUGACAAUCACUUGGAGUCAUUUAGUGUAGCCUUGUGUCAAUCUACACUCCAGACAUCACUUCGGAGUUUGGAUCUCAGCAAGAACAAAAUUAAAGCACUCCCUGUGCAGUUUUGCCAGCUCCGAGAACUUACAGAUCUGAAACUUGAUGAUAAUGAAUUGAUUCGAUUUCCUUUCAAGAUGGGACAGUUGACAAACCUGCGUUUUUUGUCGGCAGCUCGAAAUAAGCUUCCUUUUUUGCCUAGUGAAUUUAAGAAUUUAUCCCUUGAGUACUUGGAUCUUUUUGGAAAUACUUUCGAACAACCAAAAGUACUUCCAGUUAUAAUGCUGCAAACGCCAUUAAGUUUACUGGAAUCCUCUGCACGAGCCAUAUUAUAUAAUAGGUAUAUUCUACAUAUAGAAGUCUGUUUUCAAGCAUAAAGUUGGAGUUGCUUUGGGAUAAACAGACAUCAGCUUUUAUAAGUUUUGUAAUGUAAUUCACAUAAUUUUUGUUGUGAUUUCUAAGUUUUUUGACUUUUAGAAUUGGAACAAGAUUUUAGGGUUGUUUAGAAGGAGCAGAAAAUUGCUACAUUUUACUGACUACAUUCUGUAUUCAAGGGUUGUUCUUUUUUCGGUUUAUUAUUUUAGUCACUUAAUAUUUUUGUAUUUUUAAUUUAAAAGGUGGUAGUGAUACACCGGCUAAACUAUGAUGAGGAUUUGAGAUAAGGCGAGGGAAUGGAAAACGAAGCUGCUUGAAAAAAUUGUGGAAAAUGGAACCAGUAGAACUGUUCUGUUCGGUUCAUUCCCACUCCUCUUCAAAUCAGCCUCUCUUUUACAUCAUUGAAAUAGCCUCAUAACUGGUUUCUGGGAACAAAGGAGGUGAAAGAUUAAGAGUUACUGGAGAAAACCCCUCUCAGGUAUUAGCAUUAACCACUGCUGUUUUGGGCUUAGAGUUACAGGUAAUCUAUGUAAGACUAUUUUUUAAGCAUAGGUAACUACUACUUCCUCUGUCCUCCUAAAAUAUUUCUUUGGAGCAUCCUAUUCUUUUCCUGAAAAUACAACUAUUCCUCAGUAAAUACUGUUUUAAAUGUUAAAAUAUUUUUAUAUUAAAACUUUAUGUAUAGGAUCUCCAAAACAUCUCUUCUUCUUAGAGCAGAUUCUUUGAUCCAGAGGAGUAAUUCUUGGCUGACUUUAAAUUUGUAUUGCUUGUUGUCAAUUAAAUUCUUCCUGCAAAAGAUUUCUAUCUAAC